UCGCAGAAUUCUUCCUGACGGCGCGCUCAUACGAAAAGUCAAACUGCGCGCCAUUCGGCAUUCAGUUCAAUUGCGAACUUCGUUAAACUAAAAACGCGCACUAACCACCGCAAUUUGUUUAUUUUCAAUUAAACAUUUUGCAUAAUAAACGAAAUUUGUUAUUUUUAAGUUUUGUGAUACCAAUGUUACAGUGUAAAUAGUUUAUUUUUGCGCAACCAAGGUUGAAGAUUGUUUAUUAUACAGCCACCCAAAUAUUCUGGGGAAAGCAUUAUAGGAUUUUAAAUUACCACUAUGGCGAAAUACGCUUUAUCUUCUUGCUGUGGAUGUGGUUCUUUGAGAACUGGUACCUUUGUAGCAGGAAUAUCAGCAAUCCUUCUCUCUAUAAUUGGAAUAAUAGUCGUACUCUUGGUACGAGUGGAAUUUAAAACUAUAGUAUUUGACUGGCUACCUCAAUGGGCAGUUCUCGUAAUUAUCAUCAUAAACCUAUGCAUGACGGUUCUCUUAUCUACAUUGAUGCUUGUUGGAGUUAUAAAGAGAAACUGGUAUCUGAUGAUUCCAUGGGUUGUCCUUGGUGGUAUGUUAGCUAUUGGAUUGUUGGUAUCGAUACUAAUUAACAGCAUUAAUUUCUAUAUUGACGGAGAUACAUUAAAUGGAACUUUGUGGCUUGUAAUUGGAUUAAUAUCUCUAGUUGUCUACUGUUACAUGUGGUACGUGUCCUUUAGCUUCUUCCUUAAUCUUCGUGAAGAGUCAGAAAAAGGUGCCUAUACCAGAGACCCAUUUAGGCGACACCAAAGGAUUUAAACAUUAAAAUAAGAACUUCACAAUUAUUGCGCUUAUCUAAAAUUAUUUUUAUAUUAGUAGUCUGUUUUAAUUCAUUAAUAAUAUUAUUAGAAAUAGUAAGUAGGUACUAGAAGAUAUUUACAAAAGUUCUUCAGAAGUCUUUAUUUUUUUAAAUUAAAUUCGAAUAAAAUUUUCUGAGUAAAAUCAAUUUCUACUUCUAAAUAAUAUAAUAUUGAAUUAAAAUAAUACUACAAAAAGAAAGUUUCUAUAUUCCUAAAAUUUUUAAAUAGGUAUAUUUAUUUUGUAUAGGACUAAAUUGUUCCUGUUAAUGUUGUUCGUUACUAAAAUCACCCCAGGAACAUAAACGGGACACACCACAUACUUUCGUGGGGUAUUUAAAAUUUAAAAGCAAGAUAAAACUUAAUUGACAUAGUACUCAAUUGUUUUUUUAGUACUUUAGUAGCCAUUAUAUUAUAUCAGUUAUUUUUACCAAAAUUUAGAGCAAUAAUUGUUAUUUUCCAAGGAUUCUCUGAGUAGGGUCUCUUCUUCUUUAAAUAUCUCCGCGACGGAGGUCAGCAAUCAUCAUAGCUAUUUGGAUUUUAGAGACGGCUGCUCUGAAAAGUUCAUUUGAUGUACAUCCGUACCAUUCUCACAGGUUGCGCAGCCACGAUAUUCUGUAUCUCCCUAUGCUUCUCUUUCCUUGCAUAAUCAAUUGGAGCAAGUUGUAUCUCUCUCCAGUUGUAUCUUCUGUCCACGAUAUUUUCAGAAUUCUUCUGUACACCCAUAGAUCGAAUAAUUCUAGUUUUCUCAUUGAUACGGCAUUCAAUGUCCAAACUUCCAUUCCAUAAAACAAAGUCGAGAAAACGUAGCGCCUAGCCAACCUAACUCUUAGCUUGUGCAGAGCACUUUGCUCAUUUUGAAGUAAGGUAUAAACUGAUUCAAAUGCAGCGUAAACAUCAUGGGUAAUACCACCAACGAAAAAUCAACACACCUCAAAGUCGUACUAUACUGCGAGAUGCGAGAAGAAUAUGAUGCGCUUAAGAACCUUUUAAGUAAACUCAAGUCCACUGUAUCGGAAUAGAAAAGAUCUGCACACUCUCUAUACGUGAAGACUCAUUAUACUGAUAGCAUGAUAUCAACCUCUCUGGCUAAGUUCUAUAAAGCUUCAGACCUCUAGGAUCCUGGCUCCCGUAUAACGGCCGACGAAUUCACCCAAAAUUCCAAAAAAGCUGCUUCAACAACCGCCAACCGUUUUUUGGUCAAAAACACUAUCCAAUCAGACUAAAAUCAAGAAUGCGCUUCCUUAGCGCCUUGUAGACGAAAUUUCAAGCGAUUGGUCGACGUGUCGCAUACUGAACCACUUAAGAACUAGUGUAGCAUCGACAAAAUCAAAACUUAUCAUUUAUUUGAUUUGGCAUUUGGUCACUGUUAGUAACUUUCUUAUAAGAAUUUUAAGGAUUGCUAUUUGCUGUAUACUCGAUUUCCAAAAGUGUACAUCAGUGUUAUUUCACUGACAUUUUAUAUUCAAAAAGAAGAUAGAUGUACCGCAGUUUCUUCCUUCAUUUCGCAGUUCCUGUAUACUUCCAGUGAUUAAACCAAACACAAACUAGAAAUAGUAUAAAAACGAAUUACUAAUUAUACAAAAAUAUAGAAACUUUCUUAUUAGCACUAAAUAAAAUACAUGUUUAUAGACUGCCCUAUAUUUGACACGUCAUUUUUGUCUACGUAAAGCGGAGAUCACAUAUUAUGUAUCUACAGUACCUACACGAUCAACAUCAAGCAUAAUCGCCAUAAACAGCGGUUUAUAGCUAUAGCCGUCAUGUCAGUAGCAAUGGACAUAGAGAUAUUGUAUCUCUAUGUUAUGGGUUAACCCCAAAAUUGUGUUAAAUUAGCUUUAUCCGGAUAUUUUGCGUCCAAACUCUCUGGAUAAAAGGAAAAUGAGAUUCAAGUAACUUCUUUAUUUAUCCGGUUGAUUCUAGAUUUAUCUAGAUAUAUAUUAUAUAUCCAAUGUCUAAUGGAUAAAGCAGUAUAUUUUAAACUUUGUCCAAAAUUCUAACUAUCUGGGUAAUUCUAGUAAGCUCAUUAUCUGAUAUUCACGUUUUAACCGUAACAUCUAUAUAAAACUGAUCUGUCUUAUCGAGUUAACUAGUUAGCACAUGGUUUGUUAUUCCUGCUAGUCCAAGAGGAAACGGACGUUAAUAUUAAGAAGCAUAGAUUUCAAGCGCUACUGGCUUAUUACUUAUCUAUGUUUUUCAUCGAUGCUACUACUAGAUACACGCAGCAUUGAUUCACUUCCCAACUCAGACGUAAUUUCAAACCAGCUUUCAAACUCGCUAAAGCUACACUAUUCCUGGUUUACUACUAUUCCAAAGCUCUCCUGUUCUGAAUUGCAAUAUGUUUGGCAUUAACUUUAGAUGGCAUUAGAAGCACACAAACGAAAGCCUCAAAAUUCCUCAGCAGCUAGGCUACCUAUCAAGUAACUGAACUUAUUUUCCAAGUAGUUAUUGAAUCUCAAAAAUGGUAUAAUAGAGGUACUAUCCACUAAAUAUAUUGUUUAAUUUUUGGUGUAAAACAGAUGCGCUGAAUUUAAUGUAUUUCAAAUAUUUCCAGUUUAAGUGUACUUAAAAAUUUUAUUUACAUAUAUCUUAUCCUUAAUGGGGUCCGGACAAAUAAUGCUGGACAAAAAGUCCCCACAAAUUAUCCCUGGACAAAAAAUCCCCGGACAAAUAAUCACCGGAGGAAAAAUCCCCACAAAAAAUCCCCGACAAGUAAUCCCUACAAAUUUUUUGGACAAAAUAUCCCCACAAAAAAUCCCAAACAAAAAAUCCCGAACAAAAAAUCCCCAAGAUAUAUUGUUGCUGAAUAGUUCUCUAAAAUUUUUCCCGAAAUUUUACCAAAUUUUUAAUUCUAAUUCUAUACCGAAAACUUCAAAUUUUACAUAACAAAAAAUGUAUUUAUAUAGAGAGAAUUUAUACAGUGCUAGUCAAAAGUCCGUACCCCCCCUCGUAACUUUUGAACGGUUAUACCUAUAGUAGUGAAUUUUGGAGGGAGGAAAUAAACGGACGUAGGCUUCUUAACUAGUCAUGACAGGUGACGUAAUAGUGACAGAUGAUAUUACAGAGCCACUGUGACCAAUAAUUUUAAAUGGGACCUUAUGGCAAGUGAUACCUCGUUUAAAAGGUAUUCAAAAUACCUAUUCAGUCAUACUAAUUUUUUUGGGUUUAAGUUAAUUUUGAUUUUGGUGAAUAAAUUAAAUAAAUAUAAUAUUGUAGUUUCGCAUUUAAUUAGUAAAAAUUUAAAUGUCCGCCUAUAGUUUUUUUGUCAAAAAGAUUGACGUUUUUCAAUUCUCUAGUAGUUUUUACGUCAACGUCAACCUUUUUGAUAAGAAACCAUAGGCGAAAUUUUGAAUUUUUAUUAAUUAAAUGCGAAACUACAAUUUUAUAUUUAUUUCAUUUAUUCAUCAAAAUGAGCUUAAAGUCAAACAAAAUUAGUAUAGCUGAAUAGGUAUUUUGAAUACCUUUCAAACGAAGUAUCACUUGCCAUAAGGUCCUAUUUAAAAUUAUUGGUCACAGUGGCUCUGUAAUGUCAUCUGUCACUAUUACGUCACCUAUCAUGACUAGUUAAGAAGCCUCCGUCCGUUUAUUUCCUCCCUCCAAAUUUCACUACUAUAGGUAUAACCGUUCAAAAGUUAAGAGGGGGGGUACGGACUUUUGACUAGCACUGUAUGUAUUUAUAUAAUAUACAGUGCUAGUCAAAAGUCCGUACCCCCCCUCGUAUCUUUUGAACGGUUAUACCAAUAAUAGUGAAAUUUGGAGGGAGGAAAUAAACGGACGUAAGCUUCUUAGCCAGUCAUGACAGGUGACGUAAUAGUGACAGAUGACUUUACAGCGCCACUGUGACAGAUAAUUUUAAAUGGGACCUUAUGACAAGUGAUACAUCGUUUGAAAGGUAUUGAAAAUACCUAUUCAGACAUACUAUCUUUGUUUGAGUUUAAGCUAAUUUUGAUGAAUAAAUGAAAUAAUAUAAAAUUGUAGUUUCGCAUUUAAUUAAUAAAAAUUCUAAAUUCCGCCUAUGAUUACUUGUCAAAAAGGUUGAUGUUGUCGUAAAAACUACUAGAGAAUUGAAAAACGUCAACUUUUUUGACAAAAAAAACCAUAGGCGGACAUUUGAAUUUUUAUUAAUUAAAUGCGAAACUACAAUAUUAUUUUUAUUUUAUUUAUUCAUUAAAAUCAAAAUCAACUUAAACCCAAAAAAACUAGUAUGACUGAAUAGGUAUUUUGAAUACCGUUCAAACGAGGUAUUACUUGCCAUAAGGUCCCAUUUAAAAUUAUCGGUCAAAGUGGCUCUGUAACGUCAUCUGUCAUUAUUACGUCACCAGUCAUGACUAGUUAAGAAGCUUACGUCCGUUUAUUUCCUCCCUCCAAAUUUCACUAUUAUAGGUAUAACCGUUCAAAAGAUAAGAGGGGGGGUACGGACUUUUGACUAGCACUGUAUAAGAGAAUCUCUUUAUACAGGGUAUUUCAUUGGGAAACGGAAAUACUUUAAUAGUGAAUAGAGGUCACCGAGCCGGUUCUAGAUAUAGCACAUUUUUUGCCCUACCGACUUUUAUAACCGAGUUACAGGGUGUUUUAUCGAUUUUGCCCAUUUAUUUCCUAAGCCAUAACUUUAGAACCACCCUGUAUAUUUUUUCGAUAUUUGAUACACAUAUGUCUCAUUCAAAACCCAAACGACCGACGUACUAACCAUAAAUAAAAUCCAGGUCCGGAUUAACAAAAAAUUAUAAAGUAAUUGUGACCUAAAAACAACACCCUGUAUAUUGAAAUUUUGAAAAUCUGUUUGCAUAUUUGAAAAGAGCACAAAGAAGUAAGUUUAAUUUCUCUUCAAUUUUUCGGCCAGACAAUUUUAUGACUUUAAUUUUGAAAUUAUAUUGAAUUUUUUAAGAACUUUGACAUUAAAAAGCAGAUAUUAUUGACUUUUAGUUAUAAAUUAUUAAAGUUAAUGAAUAAAUACUCAUUUUAAAAAAUCAAUAAUUAUUUACCACAUUGGAACGACCCAAUUACUAAUGACAAGAAAAAUCCAGGUCCGGAUUAAGAAAAAAAUACAAAGCAAUUGUGACCUUGAACCAACACCCUAUAUUGAAAUUUUAAAAAUUUGUCUGCACAUUUUAAAAGCGCAUGAAAAACUGUGAUUAAAGGCUUAUUUUAAUUUUUUCGCCGUUGAUUUAAUUACAUCAAUUUGAAAUUAUAUUGAAAUUUUAAAGAACUCUGAGAUUAAAAACCAGGUAUUGUUAACUUUUAAUAAUAAUUUAAUGUUAAUGAAUCGAUACUUAUUUUAAAAAUACUUAAUAUUUAUUUACUACGCUGGUUUCAUAUAUUCUGUGGAUUUGUAGCUAUAUGCACAUCAAUAAAAGUUAGAAUUGCGAGAAUUGGGAUAUUUUAUUGAUUUAGUAAAGAAUUAAAAAAACUGCUAUAUCUAAUAAAACAAAAAUUCGUUACCAUUCAACAAUUUAACAUAAAUUAAAAAUAUUUGAACUAUAACAGUUGCUCAGAAUAUCCGCCAUUUUGUUCGAUGCAUUUCCUUGCUCGUUUUAAAAUAUUUCGAAUCGAUUUUCCAAGUGCAUUGGGAUUGCUCAUCAUUUUUCUGGUAGCUUCUUUUGACCUUGACAGAAUUAAUCAAUGUGAUUUCAAAAUUAGGUACCGUAAUUAAAUUAUCUGCGCAAAAAUUUGACAUGCACCUUAUAACGCAGUUUUUAUGCUCUUUUAAAAUACACAAACAAAUUUUCAAAAUUUCAAUAUACAGGGUGUUGUUUGCAGGUCACAAUUACUUUAUAUUGUUUUCUUAAUCCGGACCUGGAUUUUUCUUGUCAUUAGUAAUUAGGGCGUUUCAAUGUGGUAAAUAAGUAUUGAUUAAUUUUAAAAUGAUUAUUUAUUCAUUAACUUUAAUAAUUUAUAAGUAAAAGUUAAUAAUAUCUGCUUUUUAGUGUCAAAGUUUUUAAAAAAUUCAAUAUAAUUUCAAAAUUAAAGUCAUAAAGUUGUCUGGCCGAAAAAUUGAAGCGAAUCAUUAAACUUACUUUUUUGUUAUCUUUUCAAAUAUGCAAACAGUUUUCAAAAUUUCAAUAUACAGGGUGUUUUUUUAAGGUCACAAUUACUUUAUAAUUUUUUGUUAAUCCGGACCUGGAUUUUUCUCAUGGUUAGUAUGUUGGUCGUUUGGGUUUUGAAUGAGACAUAUAUGUGCCAAAUAUCAAAAAAAUAUACAGGGUGGUUCUAAAGUUAUGGCUUAGGAAAGAAAUGGGCAAAAUCAAUAAAACACCCUGUAACUCGGUUAUAAAAGUCGGUAGGGCAAAAAAUUUACUAUAUAUAUACCCGGCUCGGUGACCUCUAUUCACCAUUAAAGUAUUUCCGUUUCCCAAUGAAACACCCUAUAUAGUCCAAACAGGCUUAUGAGAUUCAAUUAAUCGUCCAACACUAUAUUACGGAAUACAAUUUCUACGCACUCUCAGCUCGACCAAAAUGGCAGAGCUUGACGUACCCAAGAAACUAACUGCGGUAACGUAAAUGUACGUAAGUAAUUAAUUGCACAAGUUAGUAUAGGGGGGGGGGGGGGGAAUAUCAAACGCUUUCUGCGUAAAUCCUGGACUGAGACACGGAGAUCCGUUGUCCCCACUCUUGCGGCUGAAAAGCGGUCAUAUGCACUGAGGCUGAAAAACAUUUUGUGUCGAUUGCAUUCACGGGAAAACUUUAGAUAACUAUUCGGCAGCAAAUAUUUCUUGGGAUAUUUUGUCCGGUAUUUUUGGUGGGGAUAUUUUGUCAAAAAAAAAUUGUGGGGAUUAUUUGUCCGGGAUUUUUGUGGUGAUUCUUUGUCCGGGGAUUAUCUGUCCAGGAAUUUUUUGUCCAGGGAUAAUUUGUGGGGAUUUUUUGUCCUGGAUUAUUUGUCCGGAGAUUAAUUUUUCCUAGCUUCAUUUUAACCCAACUUUUGACGAGCAGUUUAUCUUUUGCCUUGCUUUAAAUUUACUACUUAUAUAUGAGCUUACAUGGCCGUCGUGUAUUUUUGAAUGCUUUGAAGCGUAAUCACGACAUUUAAGUCACCAUUGCUAUCGUUGUCAUUCGUGAUUUCCUAUAUUUGUUUUCCGCUAGUGCUUCUCUGUGAAUAAUUUCAAAAAAUGUAUAGAGAUUGCUAAAUAUAAUAAACGAAUGUGUAGUAUAGCGUAAUAUAUUAAAUUAAAGCCAAAACUUGUUCAUAUAUUUAAGGUACGCCAUUUAAUUUUAAUCAAUGUGACUAAAAAUAUCGAAAUUUUUGUAUAUUUAUUUUUUAGUGAAUAAGGUAGCUUUAACCAAUUAUGAAUCUCUGACAGUUAUUUUCUAAAGUUUAUUUUUAAUAUGUGUAAUUUUUACGUGUUACUGUUACAUUUAACAUUAUUUUUGUAUUGUUUUAAAUGGAAUAAACUCUAUUUUAAUUUACAA